AGAAAAACACACAGAUUACUUACUAGUGGGAAAAAGCAAACAAAAUCCGGAAAAAUCUGAAUAGACGAACCAAGUAAGCAAGCAACAAUGGCGUCGUCUGUGUGGUGCCUGAAUUCUCACGGCUCCGCCGCUCCAUUUCUAUCUUCUGAAAAACCUUAUCGCCUCAAGAAGUUCAAAAGGUCGCAAGUUCUUUGUUGCGGGAGCUACAGUACCCACCUCCAAAAUUCAAGUCUUUCCAUCCGUCAGUGCCAAUCCGGAACUAUAAGGAGACAGGUUUUGUUCCAGACCAUAAUUGCUGCAUUUUCUUUUCCUCCAAUUGUUUCCAUUGCUUUGGCAGACAGCGAGGUGUUGGGUGAUUUCCGCCUUUACUCCGAUGAGGCAAACAGGUUCAAAAUUAUGAUUCCCCAAGAUUGGCAAGUUGGUUCAGGAGAUAAUAAUGGAAUCAAAUCAGUAACUGGAUUUUUCCCUGCAGAACCUUCUAAGUCGAAUGUUACCGUUGCAAUCACGGGGCUUGGUCCGGAUUUUACCAGAUUGGAAUCUUUUGGUAAAGUUGAUGAGUUUGCUGAGACUCUAGUUAGUGGAUUGGACAGAAGUUGGCAAAGACCCCCAGGUGUGAAAGCGAAACUCAUUGACUCGAAAGCUGCUAAUGGAUUGUAUUACAUCGAUUACACUCUGCAAAACCCUGGUGAAACUCUCAGACAUUUGUUUACAGUGCUUGGGAUGGCAACCACUGGUUGGUAUAACAGACUAUAUACUGUCACUGGACAGUAUGUUGACGAAGACUCAGAAAAAUAUGGUUCGAAAAUUGAGAAAGCUGUUGCAUCUUUCAGAUUUAUCUAAGAUUCGAAGAUAAUUAUGAGAUGAAUCGGACAACCUCAUGGUUUGAUAGCUGGUCAAGUCACACAUGUAUGCUGAUGAUUUUAAAGAUCCUUUUGAUUUUUGCUUCCAACCUCCUCUCUUGUUGGCUCAAUAUCUCCAACGGAAGUUGAGUUUCUCUGUUAAAAGGCCAAGCGUCAAGUGGUUUUCCCAUCCGGAGCUAGAGUUUUGCUGCACCGGAAGCGGGUAUUUGGCAGACCACCAACCAGAGCAGCUGCUGACUUUAUUUUCUUUCUUUCUUCACCUGUUUGAGGCUACAAUAUUUUUGGCAGAUUUACUCUCUGCUUUUCUUUCGUUAUUCCUAUCCCUUCUUGUUAUCGACUUAAUGCCCCUAGCUACUGUUCUUGUGGCAUUCUGGAACUAUUUUGCCCAUACAAGGAACUAUUGUAGUGGUUGAUUCAGACCUAAA